GCAAAGUGCUAAAACACACUUUCGUAACGAUAAUGAUAUUGCACUACCUGCAGACACGAUGCGUUCACGAUGCGAUCAUAAAUAAACAUAGUUCAACAAACGUUUGAUACGACGAUACGAAGAAAUUAUUAAUGCAAAUAGAAGUACUUUUCUACUUUGCAGCGAUGCAUUCCGAGCGAAUUACCGUUUAAAUGCUUCUCUAUUUUUAGUUGUCCGCGCUAAGACGCGUCUUGAGUUCACUACUUGCACCUUUCUUCCUCGUAAUAUUCCUCGAGCGCUAUCUCGUAACUCGUUUGUCCCGCAAACACGUGUAUUCAAAACGUGUCAUUAUCGCAUCCCGCGUAUGUGUACUACCGCGCGAAUUUUUUUUACGCGCGCUCGAAGAAAUUACAUUUGCUAAUUGCGAUAUGGUACAGCAGAGUCACGUUGCUCGCAGAACGUUCGCUUCAUUACGAUCGAACGAAAUUAUAAAUAAUUUUGUAAAUACACCGUCUUAAUUAGAGCUUCGAAUUUAAGAUUUCGAAGGUAGAUGAUCGAUCUCCUGGUAGCAAAUGAAGAAACGAUGAAAUCGCUACUUCGAAUAGGUCAGCGACACUCGGUCUUAUCAUAAUCAUCUGGGUUAUAGAGCAGGAAACAUAUCCUAUCGUUUCCUUUAUUUACGUUGCUCAUCGAUAAAGUUGCUCGCGAAUAAAUACACUUUUAGAAUUUUAAUUUAUCCUUGCACUCUUGGAAACAAACUGUUAUUUGAGCAGCCUGAUUGCAGCUGAAAAUUGCAUUAUCAACUUGAUUUUUCUCGAUGUACUCCGUUUUUUCGCUCCCGGCAUCUUAGUACAGUUAUUUACUGUACAUGUAUUCGUGGCAGUCGUCACGAGCCGCUUUAAUAGGUCGUGCGAUUAUAAAAUCUUUCACGCUUGCGUUCACGUACGUGAUUUAUCGUAGUUUAUAAGGUCUCUUCCGGUCAUGGAAGUCUCCAUUCAAGGGAGAAUACCGCUACCCAUCAGAUACGUAUACAAAGCUGUUGACGAAAGGCUUAGCAAAGGGUGGCGACAAAGUAGGAAUUAGACCGCUCGUUCCCUGGCACUCCUAUCUUCAAUACUCAAACUUUUCUUUGUCAUAAAAUUAGUAUUAGACAACGUCUCAAGUACAAUGUGAUUCGCAACUUUGAGGAUUACGAAUAACUAAGAUACAGUAUAAGUUAUUAGCGAACAUAUGCACAUAUCGCAGGCAUUCCAUUUAACAGUGCUUUCAAGCGAGCUAGAGGCAGAUUGGUGAGGUCGAUGCGGACUUUCUAAACGCCCUGUAUACGAACGACUUCCCUACCGAUGGUAGGGGGACCGCAGGCCUCUCUCUCUCGAACGUACUGGCCCCAUCCGUGUGUUCGAGGCUUACAAUGGCUGCCGUGUAAGCCGACGUGCUGCGUGCCUUAAGUAUUAAUCGUCCUCAAUUUUCCCGACUUAAUUUGCCGGCUGAGAGACGUCCACGAAAAAAAAAUGCGCGAUGCCCCGCCGCGGUGGUACCAUUCGACGCGAGUCCGUGCGACUGCGAGCUCCGAUAGACGACGCCCGCGUCCUGACGUACCAUCAUCAUCAUCAUCAUCACCAUCAUCAUCGCGUGUGUCGUUGACGCUUCUCGGCGAAAACACAGUGGUCGGCAGGACGCGUGCGAUCGUGCCCGGGCGCAUCACGUCGUCGCAAGACUGCAGUUGUUAAACUCUCGCGAGAAUCUCGACAACCGAAGCGAACGUUUUGUGCUUGAUACUCAGUGUCGUGAAGUAUCACUCGUUAGACUGGUGUACGCAAUGUUGUUAUGCACAUGCUCUGCUCCGCUUGAAAAAGGCUGCGACUUAGGAACAUAAAUACGGUGCUAUGGCAGUCGCGUGAUCGGCGUUUCGAAAACCGGCUAUGCUGCUGUAUUUAUGAUUCGGCCGCGGGUCUCGAAGGAGAAACGAUGGCAACGGAAGUAGAGGAGACCCCGGUGGGGUCUCCUUGGUACGGCAAGGUUUUCGAGUGCUGGAGGAAUCGUUACCGAGUCAGUCCCGGCAGAAUCGAGCUGCCCGACUGCGAUUUCUUUAUCGUGGCACCGCGACGCACGCUGCGCGUACUCAGGCCGACCCUGAGGAGCGGCUGGUACUACGAGAGUACGGCGGUCGACCGGCCGGAGUCGGUCAACGACAAUUUCUUCAAUCGAUGGGCCAGGAGGCCGCAUCCGUCCGGAAACUGCAGGUGCUCCUUCCGCCAGUCCGCCGGCGCGCUGAGCACCACCGAAGAGCGAAUAAUAUCCGCGGAAUUGAAUCGCAUCCGAACGAGCCUCUGCGAGGCCGAGAAAAACGCGCGCGGCAUCGAGGAACUGGAGCAACGACUCUCGCUGAAUCUGCAAAAGUUACGGGGCAACUCGGAACUUGACGAUCGCGCGAACGAGACGACGACGGUGUCUUCGACGGAUCGUCAGCCGUUUGAACACAGCGCGAAGCAACAAAUUGUCAAGGAUUUGGAAAGGUAUAUCAAUACACUUCUGGAAGAGGUGCUGGACGAUACCGUUAAACAUAUAACUGAUGCAGAAAAGAAUACUGUUCAACAUUCUUGGCAGCGAACGAAAAAUAAUUUUAUAAGAUCGCAACCUGAUAAAUCCAAAGAGAAAAUAUCGACGAAGAAGGACAGAGAUGACACCUUUCGAAUCGAUAUUAAUCCCCGUCUCCUAGCGGAUAAGACGCAAGAACAAUGGACUACAGAAAAUGACUGUAAAAGGCAAUUCGCUAAAGUUUCAAUGGGCGAGGGUUACGUGAAUCCUGCUUUCGUCGGUUCGACGGAUGAACUAUCUUCUCUAGAGUUCGAUUGUUCUGCGAGAAAACACACAGGUUUGUACCUUGGAAUACCGACGGAAAACAUUUCUCCAGAAAAAUUGGAUUGCGUGGAUUCCGGAAUAAAUAGCGUAGAGACUAUCGAGUUUCAGCUACCUGAUCAAGAACCCAGCUUCGAGCAGUCUCUUUUACGAAUCAUCGAUGAGAAGUUGGGAAGAGGUCCUUCGACGAAUAACGCGGAGGAGGAUAGUUUCGAGAAAAAUUCGCAAAAAGCGGUUCCAUUAGAAGGAGAACGUGGGACUGACUCCCAGGAUAUUGUACUAACUUCGUCUAAACUUGGGACAUCGUCGACUGAUCCCGAGUGGAAAAUGGAGCGACUGGAAGACACCGUCGACACGGAGACUGAUUUCAAGAAACUACGCCUGGAAUUCCAAAGCAAUGGCAGAGAUUCGUCACCGUACGAGGAAACUCUAUCAAAGAUCGGUGUAAAAUUAAUGGAAAGUCCUCCCAUCGAGCUCAAAGAUUGCAAGAAAUGGAUAGAGUGCGAUGAAAUCUCUUCGCAGAAAAAUACCGAACAAAGUCCUCGCGAUUCGGUAACGCUUCGAAGGAAUAGGAAACCAACGAUAGUUUUCCUACACGGUUUUGGUUCCUCGGCAGAAGUCUUCGAGCAUCAACUGCAGUAUUUCUCUUCCCUCGGUUAUCCCUGUAUCGCUCCCGAUAUGCUCGGGCACGGAAUGAGCUCAGCGCCCGGACGUUCUAGAGAUUAUCAUUUCGGCAAGUUACUCAAGGAUUUGGACGCGGUCCUACAUCAUUACGCUUUCAAACCCGGAGAGAAGUGCGUCUUAGUCGCACAUAAUUACGGAUGCAGCUUUGCUACAGCGUUAGCUUGUAAAUAUGAUAGCAAUAUCCAUCAGCUCGUGCUAAUAUCGGGCGGCGGUCCAACUCCUCUUGCUCCGCCGAGCGCGGAAUGCGCGGGUCAUUGUUGUCUCAGGGCGAUUCUCGCGCCUCUACUAAUGUGCGGUUUUCAUCGAGACAUUCUCUAUUCUGCGCGAGGCCGACAACAUCCUUAUUGCGGUCAAGAAUCGAUAGAGCAAUGGCCUUCGCACAUGAAAUACGUAUUGAAAGGCAUGAACUGGCCGCAGGGUGACUAUGCCUUCCACCGGAAGAUAUGCACACCUACGCUUCUGGUGCACGGACUAAGAGACAACAAAGUAUCGCUAGUACAAGAGUGUCAAAUGGAAAGGACAAUGGUGAAGGCUUUCCUCGAAGCUAUUCCAAUGGCUGGUCAUAGUCCAAUGACUGAAUGUCCCCAACAACUGAAUCACAUGAUACAUUGUUUUAUAGAUUUGUGGAAGAACAAAAAAUGGCAGUAGUAACAUCCUGAUUCUAGAAAUAAUGUCUAGAAUGCUGUAUUAUAUCGAAAUUGAUUCAAGCGAUUAACAAACUGCUUAGCAAUUAGUUUAAUCAUCAGUCGGAUAUAAUAUUUAACGUUUAAUUAUCAGUCAGAUAUAAUAUUUAACUAAAAAAUAAGAUACUUUAUAAUUCAAGAAGACUCAAUUCGGUCGAACGAUACGAUAAAUCAAUGAAGUUCGUGUGGCCUCGUAAAAAUGUGCCAAGUUUUAUACAGAGAUAUACAGAAAAAAUGUACAGAUAAAAUAAAUACAAAAUGUCUCAUUUGUCUA